UGUGGCUAUUGGGAACGGGCUGGGCGCAACGGCCCGGGAGGCGCGACUCUUGCUGGGGAAGGCUGCUUCGUGUGACGGCGAGGGUCGGUGCUGGCUCUUGAGGCUGCGGAGCCGGCGGAUUCCAGGACAGAAGUGACUGGAGCCACCCCUGGGCGCCGACAGCUGAGAAGCCCGAGGCGGCCUCUGCUACCGCUCCGCUUCGCCCACCUCGACCCCAGGGCUUUGCCCAGUGUUCCCGGGUCGGCUGUUUCCGUGAGGCGGCCCGGUGCAGGCGGGCGGUGGCGGAGGAUGCUGCGAGGCCCGGAGCCGAGAGGAAGGUCCUGACCCAGCCCUUUGAUUGCUCCUCGAGGUCUUCCGAGAGGCCCAUCCUCGGCCCCCAAGCCGACAGCGGGUAAAGGCUUCACGAGCAGGCGAGAGCAGCAGACGCCGCCCAUCCCCGGACCCAACACCAUGUCGUCCGCCAGGUUUGAUUCUGCAGACCGCUCUGCCUGGUACAUGGGACCAGUGUCUCGCCAGGAGGCUCAGACCCGUCUCCAGGGCCAGCGCCACGGCAUGUUCCUAGUCCGGGACUCCUCUACCUGCCCCGGGGACUAUGUUCUGUCCGUGUCCGAGAACUCGCGUGUCUCGCACUACAUCAUCAACUCCCUGCCCAACCGCCGCUUUAAGAUCGGGGACCAGGAGUUUGAUCAUUUGCCGGCUUUGCUGGAGUUCUACAAGAUCCACUACCUGGAUACUACCACCUUAAUCGAACCAGCGCCCAGGUAUCCAAGCCCACCAAUGAGUUCUGUCUCAGCACCCAACUUGUCUGCAGCAGAAGAAAAUGUGGAAUAUGUACGGACUCUGUAUGAUUUCCCUGGGAAUGAUGCUGAAGACCUGCCCUUUAAGAAGGGGGAGAUUCUGGUAAUAAUAGAGAAGCCCGAAGAACAGUGGUGGAGUGCCCGGAACAAGGAUGGCCGGGUUGGGAUGAUUCCUGUCCCUUAUGUUGAAAAGCUUGUGAGGUCUUCGCCACAUGGAAAGCAUGGAAAUAGGAAUUCUAAUAGUUAUGGCAUCCCAGAACCUGCUCACGCAUAUGCUCAACCUCAGACCACAACUCCUCUACCUACAGUUGCUAGUACUCCUGGGGCAGCAAUCAACCCUUUGCCAUCCACACAGAAUGGACCUGUCUUUGCAAAAGCAAUCCAGAAGAGAGUACCUUGUGCUUAUGACAAGACUGCCUUGGCAUUGGAGGUUGGUGACAUUGUGAAGGUCACAAGGAUGAAUAUAAAUGGCCAAUGGGAAGGCGAGGUGAAUGGGCGCAAAGGGCUUUUCCCUUUCACACACGUUAAAAUCUUUGACCCUCAAAACCCAGAUGACAACGAGUGAUUGCUGUUGCCGUCCCUGCUGCUGCCUUGUUCUGCCUGUCAUAGUCUCCUUUGAAGUGGGAAGCAGUCUCUCACAUGCAAGUCACACCGAGCUGCUGGUGACCAGCUUCCAUACAUUGGCGGUCUCCUGUACAUUUGGAAUGCCUCCAGCAGCUGCCUCUUGGCAUUUGUAUCAUAGUCAUGCUGUCAAAGAGUAGCUGAUUUUAGAGUUCUUCUGGAUUAUAAACUGGAAAACUGGUGGAAGUGCACAGGUAGAGAGAAUUGAACACAGAAAGGUCUUCCUUCUCAUCACUGCCUUGCUUGUAUUUGAGGCUGACUCUGUGUGCUUGUCAUAGAACGUGUGAGCCUGCUGGCGUCCACAUGGAGAGGGUUAGCCUCUGCAAGCUCUUGCCCUUGCUGGGCUACAGAGCAGUGGCUUUGCUGCCAACUUGUUUUUCUUGGGACGACAGAGGAAGUAAACUCCAGACAGUUCUGUCCGAACUUCUGAAAUCUGGCUUGUUUCCACUUUCUUUUGUUUAGUUUUGGUUUUGGAAGACUAAUUCAUUAGAGUUGUGUGUUCUGAACAGAUUUUUAAAUAGUAGGUUGGAUUUUUGUGAUAGUCUAAGGAACAAUACGUGUCCCUGAGCUUCCAAACUGAAGCUGCUGUGCGUAACUAAAGGAAUAUAAAAGGCACCCUGAAGUAGAGGCCUUUAUCUUUUGGUUGCCAUGAUACCCUGUGUACCAUGUGGCAAACAGUACAUACAAACAGCAGUCAUGGUGUGCUGUGCUGUGUGCAUCCGGGAAAAACCAGGGUGAGCCGUAAUCUCUGGAGCCUGAGCAGAAAAGGGUGGAGCACUUGGUCAGUUCUGGCUAGCUUUUCAAUGGUACACCCUUUUAAAAAGAACUAGUGAGGUUUAUAGAAUAGUGGAUUCACCACAGAGUCUUGUCAGCUUGUCAGCCCUUGUCCAGACCCAGCCUAUCCAGGCAGCUUGAAAGUGGUAGUACUGUCUGUUCUAUUCCACAGCCUCAGUGGAACCGAACACAAUGCUCCUGAGCAAAGAAGAUGCAGCCUCUGGAACCCUUAACCCGUAUACCAUGACCCAUUAUGCAAGUCAGCUGGUACAAAUGUGUGUCUGAUCCCUUAUCCACACGUGGCAAACCUGGGUUCUAGAACUUUUCUGUAGUAUGCUGUUUCAGCUGAACCCUGACGAGGACACACCUCCACACACAGCACCACAGCAGACCCAGAAAUGUAGCAGUGACUUAGAGUAGCUCCAGCAUUUACACAACAUCUGCAACUGUGGCCCUGGCUCUUAGGCUGUGAGAAUUAGUGAAAUAUAUUCAGGAGACAAAACUAACACAAUCAUUUGUCCACUAUAUUUAUCUUUUAAAGGGUUGUGUGUGUGUGUGUGUGUGUGUGUGUGUGUGUGUGUGUGUGUGUGUGUGUGUGUGUGUGUGUUGGGCAUGGUGGCACACACUUUUAAUCCCAGCAUUCAGAAAGGCAGAGGCAAGCAGGUCUCAAAGAGUUAAAGGCUAGCCUGGUCUUUGUAGUGUGUUACGGGACAGCCAGGCCUCUAGAGAGAGACUGUUUUAGGAACACCUCCCCCCAAAGUGUGUGGGGUCUUCCCUAUAUAUAUGAAUGUGCAUCACAUAGGUGCAGUGCCUAAGGAGGCCAGAAGAGGGCGUGGGAUCCUCUGGAACGGAAGUUAUUAUGUGGUUGCUAAGAAUUGAACCUGGGUCCUCUGGAAGAGCAGCGAGUACUCUUAGCCACUGAGCCACGUCUUGAGCCUUAUCCCUUUCUCUUUAAAUUAGUGUUCCAUCAAGCUGAUAAGUGACAUACUAAAGAAUGCUCAUGUGACAAAAAGGUCUUUUGGGGAUGGUGUCAUCAUGUUUCCCUGUCUGAUUUUCCAGAAAAAAAGUGAUAGAGGUCAGCUUUCUGUCUCUGAAAGCUGCAGUGUUUAGCCAGGUCUGUUGAGUGAGCCCCAAACCCUGCCUAGAACAAUACUUGCCUUCUAGCUAGUGACCCAGCUUAGCCCUAUGCCUUUUGAUACCUGCACUGGAUACAUGCCUUGUUCACAGAGGACACAACCCCAAGGAGUCACACCCUGUUACUGGGGCUUGCACCUCAUGCCUUACACAUGCUACAUAAACCCUCUGCCACUGAGUUCUUUUUACAUUUUGAGAUGUGAUCUCCAUCAAUUGCCUAUGCUAGGUUCAAAUUUUCCAUCCCAGCCUCGGCUGAAAUUACAAAGGUUUGAGUCACCACACCCAGCUCUUAAAGUCUUUUGAAACUACAUUUAACUAAAGGGGCUUGGUGCCUUUUGAUUAUAGCAGCUUGCUUGCGCAGGCAGCCAUUUUUGAGAACAGGGUUUCCCUUCUCGAGUCUGUUGACCAGCAAGGCUGCGUGUAGGUUCAGGAUCAAAAUGUCCCAUAAACCUGGAGUUUGGUUUCUGAAAUCAGCUAAUUUGGCCCCUGUAAAUGUUUCUACAGCUCCCUCAGAUCCAAAGCUGGAAAUAAAGACAAGUUCAGAACUCUCAGAAUAUGUGCCAAAAGUAGUAAUUUCCUGACUUAAAAGCUCAUCAGUCUCUUAAUUGGGAAAAUUUUCUUUGCGCACUGAUAAAAAGUGGCAUGUUGCCUAGGUCCCACUCUGGGCAGACCCUCGGCCUCAGAGGGGAAUGUGAUCCGGGGCUUUCCUUCUGUGACCAUCAUCAUGACAUGGUCUGCUCUGCUGUGUUGUCAAGAGUACGGGGUGACAACCCACUCACCGUGGCUGUUGUGUCUGAGAAGGAAACAACUAGGCAGACAGCUAGACUGCAGUCCUGGUUCCCGGACAGGACCUCCCGUGCAGAAGGCAGCCUUGUCACUUCUGCACUGCUUUGACGCCACCUGUUGCAGGGUUACCAGGGUGCACUGACUUUGGUCACCCAAACGCAGAACCCUCUGCUCACCAGAACGGAAGAGACUCUGCCCUCCCUUGGAGUUGCACGUCCCUGACGCUGUGCCAGCCUUCCUCCAGCUGUUUACAGACAGAAUGGGCCAGGACUGAUGGCCACCGCUCUUGUAACUUUUGUUCAGAAUAGUGAGUGUUUUUAAGGGAUGAUGUGUUCUUGUUCCAGGUGUUUAUAAUUUAAUCUUUUAAUAUUAUGUUCAUUAACCUCUUAAAAUGAGUGAAUCCUUGAUUGUUGUAACACAGUACCUAAGACUAAUGCUCUCUGUGGACUCCUCACCAUGGGACCAGAGAACCACAUCCCUGGGACUACUGUGAGUCUGGACACUGAGCUGCUUGUAUAUUCUAGAGGAGCAGGAGGACAGUUCUCUGAGACAGGAGGAACGGUGGCCUUGCUUCUAGACGGUCUUCACUGUGUGUUUUAAAACGACAUAAAACUCUUUUGACAUGUAUAACUUAAAGAUCAUAAGCGUCAGGCAAUAAUAUUUUCUGUGUAAGCUUUUAAAAUUAUUUUUGGGGAUCAUAGCUUGUUUUAUUUUGUGCUAUAAAAUUAACAGUAUUAAAUGACUUAUAUUCUUAGAAUACAUUGAGUGUCUUUUCUUAACAGAUUAGUGCCUUUUUAUUUUUGUAUUCCAUUUUACGUUACUGGUCCCAGCAUCAAAACCCUUGUUUCCAUGGCCUGUUUGUACAUUGUCUCAAUAAAACUUGCACCAGCUGGCGGUGGCAGCA